CCUUUUAUCAGUAGCAAUUGUGCCGUUGACACUGUAUGUCAUGGACGGACGCUUUAGCAAGUUAUUGUUGAUCUUGACCUUGCUCCAUGUAUUGAGCAACGCUCGGGGUCAACUUGGAGAGCAACUGGCGCGGCGUCUGGCGCCCGAAACAUCACCCGAUAUACAGGAAGCAGCUGUGCGACAACUCAUCCAACGUGUUGUCGGCGGACAGGCGUCCAAAUCCUUUGAGGUGGAGGUCAAUAAAGUGCUGGAUUUCAGGAGCUAUCAGAUCAGCCUGCAGGACAAUGGCAAAGUCUUGAUAGUCGGCUGGGAUGGCGUCUCUGUUUGCAAGGGAUUCCAUUACUAUCUGAAGUAUGUAUUAAACAAGGAUUUGGAGUGGUUCAAGACGCACAUUGAGCUGCCCGAGAAUUUGCAACUGCCGAAUGUGACAAUUCGCUCCAAAUCGGCCAGUCCGAUAAUCUAUUAUCAAAAUGUUUGCACCUGGAGUUAUAGCUUUGUGUGGUGGAAUAUUGAGCAAUGGCGCCGACACAUCGAUUGGAUGGCAUUGAUGGGCAUUAAUCUAUCGUUGGCGCCCAAUCAGGAGUCCGUCUGGCAGGAUGUGUACUCCGAUUUGGGGUUGAGUGCGGAGGAAAUCGAUGCCCACUUUGCUGGGCCGGCAUUCCAGGCCUGGCAGCGCAUGGGCAACAUACGCGGCUGGGCAGGACCUUUGCCGCCGGCGCACAGACGCCUCCAGCAGCUGCUGCAACAGCGCAUUGUCCAGGCACAACGGGAGCUGGGCAUGGGCGUGGCAUUGCCAGCAUUUGCCGGACAUGUGCCAGUGGCAAUGCGACGCAUCUUUCCCAAUGCCAGCUAUUCGGUGGCACAGCGUUGGAAUCACUUUCCCGAUCCCUAUUGCUGCAGUCUAUUUGUGGAGCCAGGAGAGGCGCUCUUCCAGCAGCUGGCCACCAUGUUUCUGCGUCGCAUGGUGGACACCUAUGGCUCCAAUCAUAUCUACUUUUGCGAUCCCUUCAACGAAAUGCUGCCACCAAUUGCAGAACCGGAAUACAUGCGUGCCACUGCCACAGCCAUUUAUGAUUCAAUGCGGGAAGUGGACGGCGAUGCAGUCUGGCUGCUGCAGGGCUGGAUGUUCCUGAAUGUCGAUUAUUGGAAGGAUCAGCUAAUCGAGGCCUUUCUCACUGCGGUGCCACGUGGUCGCAUUCUCGUGCUGGACCUGCAAAGCGAACAGUUUCCCCAAUAUCAACGCACCUUCUCCUACUAUGGACAGCCCUUUGUGUGGUGCAUGUUGAACAAUUUCGGGGGCACGCUGGGCAUGUUUGGCUCUGCACGGUUGAUCAACACUGGCAUUGGAGCAGCACGCUCCAUGGCCAACAGCAGCAUGGUGGGCGUGGGCAUAACACCUGAGGGUAUUAAUCAGAACUAUGUCAUUUUUGCUCUCACUCUCGAGCGUGCCUGGAGUGCAGAUAAUCUGCAAUUGAGCAACUGGUUUGAUCACUUUGUUCUCACACGUUAUGGCGUUAAUGACACUCGCCUCGUCCAGGCGUGGCAGCUGUUGCGUGGCAGCGUUUAUGAUUUCCAUGGCCUGAACCGCAUGCGAGGCAAAUACGUGUUGAACAGACGACCAGGUCUCAGUUUAAAGCCUUGGACUUGGUAUAAUGCAUCCAGCGUCAACGAGGCCUGGCAACUGUUACUCUCAGCUAAGGAUGUUGUGCCACUGGAGGACGAGAGAUAUGCAAUCUAUGAGCACGAUCUGGUGGACAUAACCCGACAGUAUCUGCAGCUGAGCAUCGAUCAGAUCUAUGUUAAUCUCAAGUCCGCAUAUCGCAAGUCGCAACUCUCACGUUUCCAGUACUUGGCUGGCAAACUGCAACAAAUGCUGGACGACAUGGAGAGCAUCCUCGCAAGUGGUGCCCACUUCCUGUUGGGCAACUGGCUGGAGGAUGCCAAGCAACUGGCGCCCAGCAUUGAUCAACGACCAGUCUACGAGUUUAAUGCAAGAAAUCAACUCACUGCCUGGGGUCCUAAUGGCCAGAUUCUCGAUUAUGCCGGCAAACAAUGGUCCGGCAUGGUGCGUGAUUAUUACAAGCCACGUUGGAAUAUGUUCCUUGAUUCCGUCACACUCUCCAUGAUGUCCAAUAGACCAUUUAAUGCCACCAUCUUCAAGCAACGGGUUGCAAAUGAAAUUGAACUGCCGUUUAGUAAUCUAACCAAUGUCUAUCCAACAAAACCAGUGGGAGACACUUGGCUUAUCUCACAGGACAUCUACAUCAGGUGGAAUUCCUAUGCAAAAAAUACCGAAUUUCUGCACAAUAAUCGUUUAAAGCUUAGCAUAAGUGAGUCCACAGCACAGCAUCGAAAUCACAACAAACGGAACAAUAAACAAUAAUAUAUACACACAUCCAAACAUAAGUUUUAAAUAUGUCCGAUUUUUUACCUUAUUAGCAGAGACCAUAAUGAUUAUAUAUAUAUGUAUUGCAAUAUAGGGGAAUGAAAGUUAAAUAUAAAUUUUAAUCAUCA